AUGGAUGCUCUAAAAAUCAAGAAAAUAUUCGCCAACAUUGGGCUCGGCGCCAGCCUAUUUGCCAGCUUCAUCUUUGUCUAUUUAACUGUUUUCCACAUCAAAAAAGUCACCGGUGCCUAUAAGAAAAUGGUGAUAUUCUUCACGCUCUGGGGAGCAUUUCUCUGUGGAUGGGAGGUACUGGCUCGCCCGUUUUUACAUAAUUUCGAUGGAGCUCUUGUUUUUAUGAGCCUUGGUACUUGGAUCUCCUCAAUGUUCUACCAAAAGCUUUUUAUUGCCCUUUGGGUUCUAUUCUAUCUUGCCACAGUCUGCUGGAUUGCCGUUCAAUUUCUCUAUCGCUACCUUUGCCUGUUCCAUGAGAAGUUGGCCGAGAAAUUUGAUGGUUUUGGAUGUAUUGUGUGGAUUUCCUAUGCUUUUUUUUGCCGGCAUGAUUCAUUGCGCUCCGUUUUUUUAUAUGUUCGAAAAGGAUGAGUAUGCCGAUGAGUAUGUUAGGUGAGGUUUUUUUUUUAAUUUCUGACAGUUUUCGAAAAGCAAAUUCCUUGUAUCUUUUAGUGAAAAUUCCUUCUAGAUUUUAUCAGCGCAAAUUUCAAUCUCAUAACUUUUUUAUGGCCUUACAUGUCUAGAAUCCAACAAAAAUAUUUCCAGACAAGAACUUCUAAACAACUACCGAUGUUCCCAGGUUCAUAAUGAUCCCCUACGCGGCUGAUGGCUCCUAUCGUACCACCGACCUAUACUACCUGGUCUCUGGAAUCUUUGUCGUUUUCUUCCACUACUCAAUCGUGCUCUACUGUGGCCUAGCUAUGCAUCUGAACAUGAAAAAGAAGCUGGAAAAAUUCUCCAAAAACCAUCGCGACCUUCAACGACAGUUCUUCAUCGCCCUGAUCGCUCUUGCUCCGACUUGCCUGUUUUGAAUUUGAAUUUGAGUUUAUAUAACUAAAAGCCUGUUGGUGUUCCCAUCUGCUCCGAUAAUUUUCACACCGCUAGUUGCUCCAUUAUUCAAAAAUUACUUUGGAAUCCAAUUGAGCCUACAGACAGGGUGGUGUUUCUCAGUUUUCGGAACAUAUCCUCCAAUCGAUUGUAUCGUUUUCAUGGUGAUUGUAAAGGAAUACCGAAGAGUUUUUAG